UUCAACGUUUAUUCACGGCAGUUAAGUUGCCCGAAGCCCGGCAUAUGAAGAAGUUUAUCGAUUCACAAUAACUUGUCGUGUUAACAUUCUCUAAACAAUUCUUCCUAGGAUGAAAUGGAUUGCGUGUUUUUUUUAUUUGACGUUGAGAUCAGUUCAUACGGAAGGCUUUAAUGGUACUCAAGACAAUGCAGUCUCUAUCAUAUUUGUCGGUGACGUAAGUUUUGGCAGUUGCAUCAUGUACUAUGUCAAUCAUGGCUACAACUAUUACAAUGACACCUUGGUAAAAGUAGCUGGACCUAUCAAAAACGCUGAUAUUGCUGUUGGCAACCUGGAGUCACCGUAUGUGACGAAAACAAUGAUGAAAGACAGCUACAAAGGAAGAAAAAAUGUUUACAUAAACGCUCAUCCUGACAGUGCAGCCGCGCUUCGGCUCGCUGGAUUUGAUAUCAUGAGCCUUGCUAACAAUCAUCUCAACGAUUUUGGUGAAAAACCAGUAAAUUAUACAAUGAAAGCUCUGGCCGAUGUCGGAAUAAAAAGCUUUGGUACGAAUUUCGGCGAAUACGACACGCCACAGCGAUCAGUAAUACUAGAGAAAAAGGGAGUAAAAAUUGGGUUUCUCGGUUAUUGUGAUGUGUAUUUUCGAACUCGUGAUAGUUGCUCGAAGAUACGAAAAACGUACGAUGCUGGACCAGCCAUUUAUAGUAACCGCAUUGCUGAAAGGGAUGUUCAGCAUUUAAAGGGUCAAGGCGUUGAUGUAGUUCUAGUCUAUAUGCACUGGGGUAGAGAAUACAGGCUCCGUCCUAACAGACGCCAAAAGCGUAUAGCUGAAUAUCUUCAUUCACUCGGUGUCUCGGCUGUGAUUGGUGCACAUAGUCAUACACUACAACCUCACAGUAAAACGAAGAAUCAGCUCACCGUCUAUAGUCUUGGGAACUUUUUAUUUCCUCAACAUAGAACAAGAUUUUGGAUUUUCCGCGCUAAACACGCCCGUAAAGUAAUGAGACUAACAAAGAAAAGGAUUGCUGAGUUUGAAAGAAAAGCCUCAACUCAAGUGGGCCCAACAACGUUCUCCAGGAUUCUUCGACUGCGUGUCACCAGAAAAGGCGUGGAAAGUGCAUCAUAUCUCCCUGUGCAAAUUAAGUUUGAUCCUACACACAAGACUUUACAACCAACAUUGACAAACGGCACACAUUGGAUUGAGGUGUGUUCACCAGAGGAUAAAGAAUGUUCACGCAUGAACGAUACCCGCAGAAAGGGUAAAAAUCUGCACCUAUAGCUGUCUAAAAAGGAUGAUCACCGGCGACACACUCCGAUAUUAUAUACAAGACAAUACAUGGAUUUAUAUAGCUGUUCAAGAGGUUACAAUCACGGCACUAUGUCUGCAUAUAAGGGAAACGUAUAAAUAAUAGAUAAGUAUAUACCUGAGUGCGAGGUCUUUAUUUAGGAAAAACACACCGAGGACUGUACACUAGUUUUGCUUAAAUUUUUAAUGCAUUAUUUCAAUUAAACAACAUAACUAAUGGCUGCUUAUGCUUUUGCCGCAUACAUAGACAACUGCAAAAGUUCUUGUCUUUAGUUAUCUUGCAUGUUUGGCCAUUAUACACCUCACACAUGCAGUUAUAACUAACCGUCUGACGCUAUAUCAGAAGUAAAAUAUUUGUUUGGUUGCGAGUGUAAAUACCUCAAGAGGGACGCGGCCCCGCUAGAGAAACAUUGAUUUAAAAUUUCUAAGGUUUCGUAUAGAUACUAUACGAGCAAUAAUAGAGCACUUGGAAAACUACUAUGGCACCAUGAAUAGCGCCAUCCAGCCUUCGUAUAACCGGUCCUGCUCAUCAGUGUAUCCUCACAAUAAUGCUCGAGCCGGCGGUAGGUGGCAUAUGCGUCAGCGCAGAAAUUCAGCUUAGGAGAAUACCUCCCAUUUUUAAAGUGUUUCUGCGCAUCUGUUCUGCUAAUAACAAAUCAUAGACUAGACUACUUGAUUUAAAAUUACUGAAAUUUAGCAUGUCUCUUAUUUUUCUAACCAACUCAAAAUCAUUUAGAACUAUAGUGAACCAAAAUAAUGUCAAACAUUCUGACCGUUAUUGAC